UGCUCCGGUGGCGCGGGCAGCCUCAUGUGUGGCGGCGGCGUGGCGAGGUCUGUCGGGAGAGAGCGGGCGGCCGGGGCGGACGGCGUGCGCACCAGGCUUGGGACCUCCAGUGGAAAGUAGAUAACUACGCGACGAUCCUGAACACCAGAGGCAUAAGAUGGCACGCCAGCUCAGCUGAUCGCCGUUGUAGAACCUGAGGGAGGUCGUCGCACCGUCUCUGGACCGUCCCGCUAAGGCUCGCUCACCGCGAGAGCACGCUCCCUGGGAGGCGACAGUGGUACGCGUUGGGUGCCCUCUUGCGCCAACGGCUACAUAAGCCGCGGCUUGCCGUCGUCCUGUGCUGUGACCGUCCUGCUGUGCCAGUCGGCGGGGACUGCCGUGUGCGCAGCACCGGAACUGAGCGCUACGGCGUCGGCCGUGGCUGCCGGCCGGACUCCCAGCUCUGAGGCGCGGCGCUAGUCCGCGGUGCUGCGCCAGUCAACGGUGCUGCUCCAGUCUGCGGUGCUGCGCCAGUCUACAGCGCGACGCCAGUCUAUGGCGCGGCGCCAGUGUGCGGUGCUGGGCUAGUCUACAGUGUGACGCCAGUCUGCGGUGCUGCGCCAGUCUGCGGUGCUGCGCCAGUCCGCGGCGCGGCGCCAGUCUACGGCGCGACGCCAGUCUGCGGUGCUGCACCAGUCCGUGGCGCAGCGCCAGUCUGCGGCACGGCGGCAGCCUGCUGCACAGCGGCAGUGUGCGGCGCGCCAUCGGCACGGAUAACCGGUGCCGAUCUGAGUGGUCGCGCUCCUCAGCGGGGCAGCGUUGCUGAUCGCGAUGAGCCGGGAGUGACGCUGCCCGCUGGACAUCAUGUUUCCGCUUCCACUGCUGCUGGUCAUCGCCGGGUGGGCACUGGCCGCCGCCCAGCCCUCAGCCAACGCCACUGCCCACCAGCAGCGCUGCACUAAGGGCCUCAUCCUACCUGUCUGGGAGCCACAGGAAAAUGUCAGCGGCGGCGACAUGUUUGCGCGCGCGCUUGUCUACUUCCUGUCGCUCAUCUACCUCUUCAUCGGCGUGUCCAUAGUGGCAGACCGCUUCAUGGCCUCCAUCGAAGUCAUCACAUCGAAGGAGAAGGAGGUCACCGUCAAGAAGCCCAACGGCGAGACACAGAUUAUCGUGGUACGCGUGUGGAAUGAGACGGUGGCAAAUCUGACGCUGAUGGCGCUGGGCUCCUCCGCGCCGGAAAUCCUCCUUUCCAUCAUCGAAAUAUACGCCAAAAACUUCGAGUCGGGUGACAUCGGACCCGGCACUAUCGUCGGUAGCGCCGCCUUCAACCUGUUCGUCAUCAUAUCCCUCUGCGUGUAUGUUAUCCCGGACGGUGAGGUGCGCAAGAUCAAACACUUGCGCGUGUUCUUUGUGACGGCCACCUGGUCGGUGUUCGCGUACGUCUGGAUGUACCUGAUUCUGGCCGUCAUCAGUGAGGGCGUGGUGGAGAUCUGGGAGGCGCUGCUGACGCUUCUCUUCUUCCCCGCCACCGUGGUCACGGCAUACAUCGCCGAUCGGCGCAUGCUCUUCUAUAAGUACAUGAAAAGGGACUAUCGUAUCAACAAGCGUGGUGUCAUCGUCGAGCACGAAGGCCUGGAGCUGGAGAAGGCCAAUCAUACCCAAGAUGCAGACCUGAAACAGCUGGAGGAGGAAUACGUGGAUGAAGCCGUCAAGGAGUUUGAAGAGAACCGACGGGAGUACAUCCGUAUACUGCGCGAACUGCGCAAGAAGCACCCCAGUAUCGACAUGGAUCACUUGGAGUUGAUGGCGCGCGAGGAGGUGCUCAACAAGGGUCCAAAGUCGCGCGCCUUCUACCGUAUCCAGGCCACGCGUAAGCUGACGGGCGGGGGUAACCUGAUGCGACGCUCGCUGCUGGCCGAGCGGAGGGAGGGCACCAUCGACAUUGACGAGUUCAAGAGCGAGGACGAUCACGUCAUCAAGGUGUCCUUCGAUCCGGGCCACUAUACAGUGAUGGAGAGCAUCGGCGACUUCGAGGUGACUGUGAAGCGAGAGGGCGGCGACCCAAACCAGUGCCUGCUGGUGGACUACCGCACGGAGGACGGGUCGGCCAACGCUGGCAGCGACUACAUCGCCGUCGCCGGCACGCUCUUCUUCGCACCCGGAGAGAGCGUCAAGUCACUGGGCGUGGUCGUCAUCGACGACGACCUGUUCGAGGAGGACGAACACUUCUACGUGAAGCUGUGCAAUCUACGACUGGCGGACCCCGACGGCGCGCCCCUAAGGACGCACGUGAAUGGCAGCACCGGCCACCCGCUGGCCGCGACCCACCUGAAGCUGGUGGCUCCGUUCGUGGCCACCGUAAUGAUUCUCGACGAUGACCACGGGGGCAUCUUUUCCGUGUCGGAGAAAGACAUUGAAAUCGUUGAGUCGGUGGGCAUGUACUCUCUGAAGGUGUGCCGCUGGUCGGGUGCUCGCGGCCGGGUUGCCGUGCCCUACACGACCGUUGAGGGCACGGCCAAGCCCGGCAAGGACUACCGACACUGCGAGGGCGAAGUCGUCUUCGAGAACAACGAGACCGAGCAGUAUAUCAACAUCCAGAUAAUCGAGGAAGACAGCUACGAGAAGGACGUGCUGCUGUACGUGCAGCUACUGGAGCCACGCCACCUCUCAGUUGGCGACCGCGCAGGUCCGACACUUGACCUCCAGAGUAAGGACCGUAAAGAGCUGUCGCAAGAGGAGAAGAUCGCCCUCUUGGGCAGACCCAGACUGGGGGAGGCGACUCGAGCACAAAUUAGGAUAAAGGAGAGCAAGGAGUUUAAGAACACUGUGGACAAGCUAGUGCAGCGCGCGAACGCCUCGUUCCUGGUGGGCACCUCGUCGUGGAAGGAACAGUUCAUCGAUGCCGUCACCGUUUCGGCCGGGGACGAUGACGAUGCUGUGGGAGGCGAGGACGACAAAGAGAGGGGAGAGGCGGGCGAUUCGGAGAAACAGCCCAGCUGCGCCGACUACAUCAUGCACUUCAUCACCGUCUUCUGGAAGGUGCUGUUCGCCUUUGUGCCUCCGACAGAGCUGCGCAGCGGCUACCCCUGUUUCAUUGUGUCGAUCGCGCUGAUCGGCCUGCUGACGGCCAUGAUCGGCGACCUGGCCUCGCACUUCGGCUGCACGGUCGGCCUGCAUGACAGCGUGACGGCCAUCUCCGUGGUGGCGCUGGGCACCAGCGUGCCAGACACGUUCGCCAGCAAGGUGGCCGCCGUGCAAGACCGAUACGCCGACGCCUCGGUCGGCAACGUCACCGGAUCCAACGGCGUCAACGUCUUCCUCGGCAUCGGCAUCGCCUGGAGCAUUGCCGCGCUCUACCACUGGUUUAACGGCGAGCCGUUCAGGGUCGCCCCCGGAAAUCUGGCGUUCUCGGUGACGCUGUUUUGCUGCGAGGCGGCCCUCGCCAUCGGUUUAAUGUUGCUGCGGCGACACAGGCGCGUCGGUGGCGAACUGGGUGGUCCGCGCUGCGCCAAAAUCGCCUCCUCUCUGUUCCUCUUCACGUUGUGGGUAGUGUACGUGGUGGUGUCGGCGCUAGAGGCGUAUGGAAUCGUUCCUGGCUUUUAGUUGGCGAUUUCGUCGUGCGCCGCCCGCCGCAUGCCGCAGUAUGCGAACUGUGCUU